AUGAACCGCGCCUUCUUCAGCUUCCCGCGCACGUUCGAGCAGCCCGUGUGCGCAGGCUGGGACCGGAGCUUUGCGGUGCCUGACGUAUCCGCCCGGCUGAAGGCCGGCGCCAAAUCGCCCCAAGCUCCGAGCGCAGCGCCAGCACCCGGAGCUCACCAGCACCAUCACCGCCAACGCCGUCCUCAACUUCCACCCACCCAUCACCCACUCCCCCCACCGCCAAACACCGCGACACCCGCUGCCCCAUCUCCAUCCCGCCCCGAGCCCCCCGCCGCCGUCUCCGCAUCCGCCCAAUCCCCGCCACCGCCCGAACCCUCGUCCUCAGCAGCACCGCCGCAACCGCCCUCCGCCUCUACCCACGCCAUGGCAGACAAGGAGCUCCAGACCAUAACGCAGCAGCUGCAGACGGCCCUGCGCAGCAACCCGUCGGCCGCGACGCCGCUCCUCUCGCGCGCCAAGGUGACGCUGCUCAAGCACAACGCGCUGCUGCCGACGGCGUCGUCGCCGCCGCAGCACCUGCUGGCCGCCCGCGAGAUCCUCGAGCUGGGCGCCCUGCUCAGCAUCAAGCAGCAGGACCCCGACGGCUUCACCCGCUACUUCCACUCGCUGCAGCCCUUCUACCAGCUGCCCGAGCGCGUGCUCCCCCGCCGCGGCAGCGGCGCCAGCAAGAUCACCGGCCUCUACCUGCUGCUGCUGCUGAGCCAGGGCGACUACGCCGGCUUCCACACGCUGCUCGAGAGCCUCGAGGUCGUCGCCCAGAGCGGCGCCGCCACCGGCGCCUCGGCCUCGAGCCUCGAGGACGACCAGUUCAUCCAGUACCCCGUCCGUCUGGAGCAGGCCUUGAUGGAGGGCAGCUACGACCGCGUCUGGGGCGAGACCAAGGGCGAGCGGGUGCCCAGCGAAGAGUUUAGCGUCUUCUCGAAUGUCCUCGUCGCCACCAUCCGCAACGAGAUUGCCUCGUGCAGCGAAAAGGCCUACCCCUCCAUCCCCAUCACCGACGCCAAGUCGCUCCUCUUCCUCGACAGCGAGGGCGCCGUCAUCGAGUUCGCCAAGAGCCGUGGCUGGUUCGGCAAGGACGGCCGCAUCUACUUCCCCCAGCAGGAGCAGGAAACGCUGAGCCAGGAGAAGGACGUCAUGCAGCUGAGCGGCCAGAUCAUCCAGAACACGCUGGGGUACGCGAGGGAGCUGGAGACGAUUGUCUGA